CGGGCCCAAGCCGCCUCCAUUGUUGGCGGCGCCCCCUACUCUCAGCGGCCGGGCUGCGGGCGUGCAGCAGAAGGGUCCGCAGGUGACUCCAGACCAAGGAGGAUGAGCCGUGGCCGCUGGAGGGCUACAGAUGGAGGGAAGCUGCACCUGUGGGGCUCCGGCUGGGGCUGCUGAGGAUGCAGAGGAGGGUGCUCAUGGAGUCAGUGGUUUGCCUGCCUCCCCUUCCAGAGAUGUUCAUAGGAUUAUUGAGGGAAUCAUCUUUUCUCCCUCACCAAGUUUGGACUUGAGUCAAAGUGGUCUGCAUCACAUGGGAGAGGUCUUCAAAAUCCCCAACCUUCAACAAUUACAUCUUCAGAGGAAUGCCCUCUGCGUGAUUCCUAGAGAUUUCUUCCAGCUGCUGCCAAACCUGACUUGGCUCGACCUCCGGUACAACAGAAUCAAGGCGCUUCCCUCUGGGAUUGGCUCUCACAAGCAUUUGAAAACUUUGCUUUUAGAAAGAAAUCCUAUCAAAGUGUUACCCGUGGAGCUGGGGAACGUGGCCACGCUGAAGGCACUGAACUUAAGACACUGCCCUCUGGAAUUCCCUCCUCAGCUCAUCGUGCAGAAAGGAGUGGUGGCCAUCCUGACCUUCCUGCGGAUCUGUGCGGUGGAGCACUCCUUCCCCAGAGAGUCAGCUGCUUCAGAGGCUCCACCAGUUAAGAAGCUGGACCCGAGUGAGCUUCCAGACCCCCAGCUGGAUUUGUCCCAGGACUGCCUGCCUCAUGAGAAAACCAGGAGCCCUUGGGACCUGAAGGCCACGCUGGGGGGACAGGAGGCGGACUUCUUCCCGCCCGUGGAAGGGCUCCACCUGAGUGAGUUCCGGAGGCCCCCCGACGCCACAGAGCACUGGGCAAGCGAGGAGGAGAUCAGGCGCUUCUGGAAGCUGAGACAGGAGAUCGUGGAGAACGAGAAGGCUGAGGUCCUGGAGCACCAGCUCCUGCCCAUCGAGCUGCCCCCAAAUCUCAAGGCAGCAUUAAGCAGUAAGGGGAAAGAGCACCUAAAGCCACGGAGCCUACUCAGGAGGAAGACUACCUCCUUCAAGAGCAUGUUACCCGACCUCUCGUUGCCGUACCAAUCGUCCCUUUACCAGACAGUGGCUCGAGUGAGAAGACUGGAGGAGAGCCGGGUCUUGGCCCUCAGGGACCUCCGGGAGAAGCAGGCUCUGGUGGAGCAGAGGAAAAGAGAAAAGAGAGCCCUGCAGGAGUGGAGGGAGCAGGCCCAGGUGAUGAGGAAGAGGCAGGAGACGCUCAGUCAGCUGCUGCCCCUGCAGAGGAGCAUGAUGGCAUCCAAGUACCCAUUCGCCAUGGAUCUGGUGGACAGUGGGAAAGCCCCACCCAGUCCAUCUGGAAGAAGGAGACUCAGCAAAGAGAGGACAUCACACACAAGUGAGAUCAGUGGCGGUGCCAGCCUGGAGGAGCUAGUGAAGCAUCAGGAGCGGCCAGUGCGGGCACGCUGCAGCUCCAGAGGCGUAGCACCACUGCCGGAGCCGAGGACCGCCACCCAGGACCUGGACUCUGCCAAGAAGCUGCAGGAGGAAGCCGUGACACUGAGACUGGACUCGAGCCCCAGCAGAGCUCUCUCAGGGGGCCUCGCUCACCCAUCAGCAUCACAGCCUCAGAAUAUAUUUUUUAACGGGAAAUAUUAA